UCCUCGAAGUUUCAAGCCAAACCGACUCAGCUCUCACACCUUCGCACGGAGCUCAAGCGUGCAAUCCAACGGCCACAUUUUCUCGGUGAAACCAUUCGAUUAAUCUGCAGAAACAGUUCUCUGCUUUUUGAAAGAAUCUGAAUCACUCAUGCAAAGGCAAUUGAAUUUGAAUUUAACUUUUGCGUUUCUUCUCUAGAGGAAAAGACAGGAAAUAUAUUUCAUGGAAUUUACAGUAAAGAAAGAGAUCAUCGACACACUGCGUUCGCCCAAACAGGAUCCAGGGAAUGACACCGUUUCUAAACGUCCUCCAGUGUUGAUCGAACUCGAUAGCAGCAGCAGCAGUAGCAGCAGCAGCGAUUCUGACUCUGACUCUGAGUCGGAUAAUGGUAACAAUCCCAACGCUGCCGUUUCGACGGGACCUAGGGUUUCUUCGACCGGCCACGGAGUUUCCAGGAAGAAGAGGAAGCUCGAUGAGUUGGGGGUAGUGUUGCCAGUGGGGUUUCUAGCUCCACUUUCUCCGGCUCCUCUGGCGCUGCCACAGUCCGCGGUGGAUGUGCAUUUGAGUUCAACUCCGACUGCGCCAUCGGGGAAUGGCAAUGUGAGUUCAACUGGUCAGAGCAGUAAACAGUUUUGGAAAGCCGGAGACUAUGAGGGUGCUCCUUGCGGUGAUUGGGAUUCUUCUUCGGGUGGGAUGGAUCAUGUCAGGGUUCACCCUAAGUUUUUGCAUUCUAACGCGACCAGUCAUAAGUGGGCUCUUGGAGCAUUUGCAGAACUUCUAGACAACUCACUGGAUGAGGUUUGCAAUGGGGCAACAUAUGUGAACAUUGACAUGCUUGAAAGUAGGAAGGAUGGAAGCAGAAUGCUUUUGAUUGAAGAUAAUGGUGGUGGAAUGGAUCCAGAUAAAAUGCGGCAGUGCAUGUCCUUGGGGUACUCUGCAAAAAGCAAAGUGGCGAACACCAUUGGACAAUAUGGCAAUGGAUUUAAGACUAGCACCAUGAGGCUUGGAGCAGAUGUUAUUGUAUUCUCAUGUUGUCGUGGGAAAGAUGGAAAAAGUCCUACACAGAGCAUUGGCCUACUUUCAUACACUUUCCUGAGGAGCACGGGAAAAGAAGAUAUUGUGGUACCCAUGCUUGACUAUGAAAGAAAAGGGCGAGAAUGGAACAAGAUGACGCGAGUCUCUAGUGGUGAUUGGAUCAGAAACGCAGAAACAAUAGUACAAUGGUCACCAUUUUCCAGUGAGGCAGACCUCCUUCGUCAGUUUAAUCUGAUGUCAGAUCAUGGAACAAGAAUAAUAAUAUACAAUCUUUGGGAGGAUGACCAAGGAUUGUUGGAGCUUGAUUUUGACUCUGAUCCUCAUGAUAUCCAACUUAGAGGUGUCAAUCGAGAUGAGAAGAAUAUACAGAUGGCAAGAGAAUUUCCAAACUCCAGGCACUUCCUGACUUAUAGACACUCAUUAAGGAGUUAUGCCUCAAUUCUCUACUUGAGAAUUCCUCCUGGCUUCAGAAUCAUUCUUCGUGGAAAAGAUGUUGAGCACCACAAUAUAGUGAAUGAUAUGAUGCUGUCUCAAGAGAUAACUUACAAGCCGCAGCAUGGUGCUGAUGGGGUCCCAAUAGACUCAAAUAUGGCAGCUAUUGUGACUGUUGGCUUUGUGAAGGAUGCAAAAUAUCAUAUUGAUGUUCAAGGUUUCAAUGUUUAUCACAAGAAUAGACUCAUUAAGCCAUUUUGGAGGCUUUGGAAUGCAGCUGGAAGUGAUGGCCGUGGAGUUAUAGGUGUACUGGAAGCUAAUUUCGUUGAACCAGCUCAUGAUAAGCAAGGAUUUGAACGUACAACUGUUCUUGCUAGACUUGAGGCUCGGCUUGUACAAAUGCAAAAGACUUACUGGUCCACCUACUGUCACAAAAUUGGAUAUGCUCCGCGGCGAAAUAAGAAACUCAUAAAUGAGGGUGCAGUAGAAGGAUCUUCUCCUGACAACUCAUUUGUAUCUUCUCAAUCUAAGAAGCAUACUGCCAUUAGUGGCAAGACACCUUCACAUUCAGACAAAUUCUUUUCUCAUGUAAACCAAAAAGGAGGAAAAGGAUCAGAGAGCUAUGCGAGAAAUGGGGAUGUUGGCUAUGGGAAUGGACAUGUAUCAAGCAAAGGGAGUGGCAAAACAAAUACACCAACCAAAUAUGGAAGAAAAUCAAGGUCUUCUGAACGAUCAUCACCUUCUCUAGAAGAUGUUUCUGAUGAUGAUGCGUGUAUUGCCCGUCCUACUAAAGAAAAUGGGAUGCGUACAACUCAGGAAUCUUCGUGCCCUGAAGAUUCCUCUCAGCGAGUAGUCACACAAUCCAAGACAAAGGAACGUGAUGUUGAUAAUUGUCGAAGUGGCCUUUCAGAAUCUGAUUUACGCACUAUUGAUCAACUGAAUCGAGAGAAUCAAAACCUGAAGGAAAGAUUAGAGAAAAAUAAAGCGAAGUUUCAAGGUGAAUUGAGGCAUGGUUUGCAGUGUGACAAGUGUAAAUCACUUGAGAUGCAGUUAAAGGAAGCACAGCAAAAAAUUGAGGAAUUAAACAAGGAACAAGAAAGUCUUAUUGAUAUUUUUUCAGAGGAGAGGGACCGACGAGACAAGGAAGAGGAAAAAUUGAGGAAAAAAUUGAAGGAUGCGUCUAAUACCAUCCAAGAGUUGCUGGACAAGGUGAGACUGUUGGAAAAGAUGAAAGCUCCAAACCGCAGAGGAGAACUAUAAGAUCACAUUCAAUUAACACCAUCAUUUCCCAUCCGUUUAUCCAGGAAGACUGAAGAUUUAUCCUUCCUUUUGUCACACUGGUUUCAUUGUGAAUUAACUAAAUGUAGCUUUGGUUUUUGAAGAAUGCCAACUUAGGUGUAUAGUUCAUUGAACAAUGAACGUUCUCUGGCGCUCGGCUCUUGACAACUGGUUUCUCCCAUGUAAUUUUGUAUCAAGUAGAUGUAAAGAAUUAGAAGGUGCACAGGCCUGAACUGCUGGAUCAGAAAUAUAGAAUUGGUGAGCCACUGUGUAGCUGCCAAAUUUUGGAUCGGAAUAGCGCUGCUCUAAUCUUUGUGGAACCUUAGUUGCUAGUAGCAAGUAGUAUUGGUGUUAACUCGCAAAUUGUGUAUAUAUAUUUUUCCCAAUGCUAGAUUGUGCUUCUUCAA